AUGGAGAACUUAUUCGCUAUCACCGGGAAAGGAUAUGUUAUCGUUGCUGCAGACACGACAUCUGCACGCUCCAUCGUAAAAAUGAAGGUCGACGAGGACAAAAUCAAAGUCCUCAGUCCCCAUUUACUCAUGGCGUAUUCUGGUGAACCAGGCGACACUAUUCAAUUCUCUGAAUAUGUCGAACGCAACAUUCGUCUUUUCCAAAUACGCAAUACAUACCCUCUAGGCCCUUCAGCAGCCGCGUCAUGGAUUCGGAGAUCUGUGGCAGAGUCUCUGCGUUCGCGAAAACCGUACGCCGUCAACCUGCUACUUGGAGGGUACGAUACUACCAAGCAUGAACCUCAUCUGUACUGGGUGGAUUAUCUUGGAACAAUGACGGAGGUGCCGUUUGCCGCUCAUGGUUAUGGAAGUUACUUUGUACUAAGUUUGUUGGACCGGUACCAUAAUCCUGAGGCGUCGCUGGAAGAAGGACUCGCGACCCUCAAGCGAUGCAUCGCCGAAGUGGCGAAGCGUGUGGUUGUCAGUCCCGGGCAAUACAAGGUCAAGAUUGUAGACAAGGAUGGCUCGAGGGAGGUAGAGAUUUGA